AUGGCUGAACUUCAGUUCGACCCAAGCACACAUCCGCACCGCCGAUUAAACCCAUUGACGAACGAACAUGUUCUUGUGUCCCCACAUCGCACGAAGCGUCCUUGGUUAGGCCAGACGGAGCCCCCACAAUCCUCCCGCCUUCCGGAGUUCGAUCCGAAGUGUUAUCUUUGCCCGGGUAACGCUCGCGCUGGAGGGCAGCGGAAUGAGGUCUAUGAGCAUACGAUGGUGUUUGAGAAUGAUUACGCCGCCGUGCUACCGCCGCCUGGACCGGUCGCUCCUCCAGCCCCCCACCCGCUUUUAACCACCGAGCCUGUGCAGGGCGGUUGCGACGUAUUGAUUUUCCAUCCGAGGCAUGAUCUGACACUUGCGAGGCUGCCUCUCAAGGAUAUAGAGCGGAUCAUUGAGGAAUGGUGUGCGAUAUACCAGAAGCGAGGAACGCAGGAUGGAAUCAAAUAUGUGCAGAUCUUCGAGAAUAAAGGUGCUAUGAUGGGCUGUUCCAACCCUCAUCCUCACGGACAAGUGUGGUCUUUAUCGGCAGUGCCGUCGCUGCCAGCGACUGAAUUGGCCAACUUGAAACGCUACUCGCUCUCAGACGUGCAACCAUCGGGUGCUCCGAAAGGCCUGCAGAACCGCCCUUGCUUGCUCUGUGAAUACGCUCAUUUUGAGGUCGGAGCGGAUUACGAAGCGGGGAGAGUAGUCGUGAAGAACGAGCAUUGGGUUGCUCUGGUACCUUGGUGGGCUAUCUGGCCGUUCGAAAUCAUGCUGCUCCCGUAUACGCGCCACAUUACCUCUAUUGCUGAUCUCUCUCGUGCUGAGAGGGUAUCAUUCGCGGACUUAUUGUCCAAGAUCACCAAACGAUACGAUAAUCUAUUUUCCUGCUCAUUCGCAUAUUCCAUGGGCAUUCAUCAGCGUCCAAUUCCCUCCGCCACCGUAAAUGUGGGCGACACUCUUCUGGCAGGGGAUCAAGAUCUUGGAGAUGUCGCGCAUCUCCACCUACACUUCACACCGCCUCUCUUAAGGAGUGCUAGUGUUCGCAAGUUCCUCGUUGGGUUCGAGUUGAUGGCGGAACCACAACGCGAUCUGACUCCUGAGCAAGCAGCUCAGCGGCUCAGAGCGUGCUCUGAGGUGCACUAUCUGGACGCGGCUGAACCCGUCGCAGGUGACACCUGA